GCGCAGCGCACCGCCGCCGCUCCGCGUCCGCCUCCAUCUGAGGACAGAGGCAACACACACACGAGCUCAAAGUAAGAAAUCAAAGAAUUGUUGCAGGAAGAUGGCGCCCACCAAGCCGAGCAUCCAGCAGGACCCGACGCGCAGAGAACGUGACCCCUACUGGGAGCGGCCGGCUAAUGCGGGCAGCUGCUCCGCCGCCCGGCCCAAGACCCUUCACCUGGCCGGCCAGCAGCAUACCUCGUCACCAUGGCUGCAGGCUCUGAGGAAGGAGAAGUCACGGGACGCGGCGCGAUCGCGGCGGGGGAAAGAGAACUUUGAGUUUUACGAGUUGGCGAAGAUGCUGCCGCUGCCGGGCGCCAUCACCAGUCAGCUGGACAAGGCGUCCAUCAUCCGCCUCACCAUCAGCUACCUGAAGAUGAGGGACUUCGCCAACCAGGGGGACCCGCCCUGGAACCUGCGCAUCGAGGGGCCGCCGCCAAACACCUCCGUCAAAGCGAUCGGCGCCCAGAGGAGGAGGAGCCCCAGCGCCGUCGCCUCGGAGAUCUUUGAGCCUCACCUGGGCAGCCACAUUUUACAGAUGUCGGCGUCAGAGAACCAAUAA